UUUUUUUUUUUUUUUUUUUAACAAAUUAUAAGGUCUUUGCUUACAUGUGACCUAAAGCUUGAUAGAAAGAAGCGAUCUAAGUGGUCAUGUCUUUAUUGUCUAAAUAUAGUAUCCACCUUCCCUAUCUGGUGGCCACAGCUGUUUUCUCUCUCCCUUUUUUUGAUGAAGCAUGGCUAUAAGAGGGUGUUGGUGUGUGUGUGAGUGCAUACGAGCUCUGACAACAGCAGUGGUACAGUUUAGCAGCAGCAGCAGAGGGAGAAUGGUCAGACAUAUGUUCUCCAACUUACUACUACUCUGGUCACUCAGCCAUGACCUUUGCGUAACAGGACCGACGUAUUAUGCUUCGAGGGAGCAGUCCUGGAACAAUCGGAAUCUCUCUUCUGUCCCUCUAGAUUUGGAUGUAAGGCUCAGAAGACUGGACCUGUCCAAUAACUUCAUCAGACAGCUGCACACGCUUGAGCUGCCUUACUUGGAGCAGCUGGACUUGAGCAACAACCAGCUGGAUCUCAUCUCCGAGGGGCUGUUUGAAAACCUGGUUCGACUUGAGCAGCUGAAUUUGUCCAGAAACGAACUAAACAACAACCUUGGCAAUAACAGCAAAGCCCUCCAAUCCCUCAGCGGGCUGAAGGAUUUGGACAUAUCAAUGAACGGCCUGAGUGACUUUGCAGCUGAGCACUACCUUAGAAACAAAUCUUCCCUCAAUCAGCUCAAGAUGACCGGUAAUGCUUUAACAAGACUUUCACAGAAAUUAUUCACAGAGAGUAAAAGCCUCAGGGCGAUUGCUAUUGACGACAAUCUGAUAUCUGAGAUUGAAGAAGGGACGUUCGAAUCACUGAUCCAAUUAGAGGUGUUAAACUUGGCUAAAAACAAUCUUGCGCACAUUUGUGAUUUUAAAUUGCGUCAAGUGAAAUUUCUAAAUCUAAGCAGAAACUCUGUAGAGUUUUUUGUCACACAUGAGGACAGCGGGCUGUACAGGCUUGAAGUUCUUGAUCUGAGCCACAACAAACUUCUUUACUUUCCAAUCGUUCCGAAAAUGAACCGUUUGCACUAUCUUUAUUUACAGAAUAACAUGAUCGGUUCCUUAAAUUCAGAGGCUGCAGUGGUGUCAGAGACAAAUUCUCUUUAUAGUGAGAUUGUAGGUGAAAAAAUUGCAAUAAAAAACAACCUACACUCAAAUUGGAGGCCCAUGCCACUGAUUUAUAUUGACCUGAGCUACAACCACUUCAGGUCUUUCCCAAUCGAGACUUUAAGCCUCUUGCUGUCUUUAGAAACUCUGAAUCUCAGCUAUAACUGUCUACAAAGCAUCAUCUGGGAUGUGAGAAAUUACUCUGACUCAGGACCCCUUCGCCAGCUUUUCUUCCGCUCCUUAAAGCACCUUGACCUGCAAAGCAACAGGCUGGUAUAUAUUUCCCCACCUUUUCUCAGUGCACUCACACAAAUAGAAAGACUAAAUCUGCAAGACAACUCAGUCCAACCUUGCACUUCCGCUGACCACUUAGGAAGCACUAACUCAACACAGCUAACAAACCUUGAUGACCUUUGUGUUGAAUUCGCCUACUUAGGGACUCUAAGACACCUCAAUCUUAAAGGAAACGACAUAAAAAUGAUUCAGCCUAACACAUUUCAGGGGACUUCUUUGGUUUCCCUCAGCCUUGCAAAAAAUCCAUCAAUGGUCAUGCAAGAGGGGGCGCUAGAAGGUGUGCAAACAACUCUUCAGUCCUUAAUUAUCAGUGAGAUCAACUUAACCAGCUCUCGUCUGUUGUCUCUACCGUGCAUGCCGGCAUUAACCCAGCUGAACGUAUCGAACAACCUGCUGGAUACAAUUCCCAGCAGUUUAAGUUGUUCUCCCCUGAGAGAAAUUGACAUAAGACAUAAUGUUUUUAUGACUUUAAACCCUUCGUUGAUUCGUGCUUUAUCCACAAACCUUACUGUCAUGCAUAUAAGCGGGAAUCCUUUCAACUGCUGUGACAACAGAUGGUUGAUGGUCUUAAAUGAGACGGAGAUUACAGUGCCCGAUAUCAGUGAGGCAGAAUGCUUUACGAGAGUUAGAAACCUUACGGUGACAGAAUAUCUGAUGAACCCUUCAUUGUACUGUUCAUUGCACACAAAGGCACAGGAAGUUCAUUUUGGACAAAUGAUCAUAAUUGUCUUAUUUGCAAUUGUUUUGUUAGCAGUUUUCAUCAUGUUCAGCAGGAAGCUGUGCUGCACACAGAAAUCUGUUAUGGUGUGAAGUCUCAAAUCAGCUUUUACUGGGUUUUUUAGAUAAUUUUAGACAUGCACAUGCUAUGUAAAGUAAGCAAACCAUAAACUUUGGUUAUUGCACGUUACAAGCUUGCAGGACGCAAACUUUUCAUGACCUCUGCAGCUAAAAUCUUAAACUGGAAUUUGGCAUUACUGAUUCCCAAGUGGUUUGGUUACAGUGCACGCCAAAUCAAGAAUCACAAGAGUUUGUACCCAUUCUUCAUUGUGAAUGUUUGUUUGAAACUAAAAGCUUUAGCCAGUGGAUUACAUUUUUAUGACGUCUAUGAAGCCUUGCAGAACAUUCCAAGAGUCACGACUGGACUCCUGAAUAAUUCAACACAAUUGCCAUAUAGACCCUUGUAAGAAAGCUUUUGUUUAAACAUAUUGAUUUGUAUAUAUUUUUGAAUAAGAAUGGCUUAUUUUGUCUUUAUACAAGAAAUGUCAUUAUACCAGCCUGUUCUGUAAUAUAUAAUGUGUGGCUCUGACCAUGGAGACUGUGGUCAGAUGUUGCAACGGUGUAUGGUUUACAUAAUAAACAU